GAAAGGAAGUUUUGCAAAAUGAGCCUGAAAAUAACUUGUAAUUAUGAUGUUAACAUGUAAAUGCUAACCUAGUUUUUAGACUUCUCUUACUAGAUAAAGACAUUCAAAGAAUUAAGAUGGACUAAAUUAGUAUAAAUGUACUAUUAUUAUCCAGGAAAAUACCAGUGACUUUACCACAUUGUAAUUCACAAUGUGAUGACUGUAACAGCAAUAUAUAUACAUGAAAUCUAAUCUAAUUAAAGAAGCUGAUAUCAGAAAGGAAUAAAAAGAAAGUGUGUAUGUCUGCUUGUUUGUAAAAAGGGUGCAGGAUAUCAUGGCAGAGACUUCAGCGGCUCCCUCGUCUGUAAUAAGGAAAAAGAAAAGUUUAUCCAUUGAGGAAAAAAUUGAUAUAAUAAGUGCUGUGGAAAGUGGCAAGAAAAAGGCAGACAUUGCAGCAAAAUAUGGCAUAAAGAAAAAUUCAUUGUUUUCAAUUAUGAAGAAUAAAGAUAAGGUUCUAGAAGCCUCUGAGUUCUUCCGAUUUGAUCCUAAAAGAAAAAGAUUAAGAACAGCUUUUUAUGCAGAUCUGGAAGAGGCAUUAAUAAAGUGGUACAGAAUUGCUCAGUGCAUGAAUGUACCAGUAAAUGGUCCAAUGUUGCGCUUUAAAGCUAAUGAUUUUGCUCAGAAACUUGGACAUAGUGAUUUUCAGUGCAGUAACGGCUGGCUUGAUCGUUUUAAAUCAAGAUAUGGUUUAAUAUUCCGAUCUCAACCUGUAGAAGCUGUGGCUACUACAAUAGAUACUUUACCUGUUUGGUACCAAAAUGUUCUUCCUUGUUAUUUAAAUGAUUAUCAGCCAAAAAAUGUGUUUAAUGUAAAGGAAACUGGAUUGUUUUAUAGGAUGUUACCUACUAAUACUUUUUCAUUUAAAGGCGAAACUUGUUCUGUUGGCAAAUUAAGCAAAGAGAGAAUAACUGUGGUGGUUAGUGCAAAUAUGGAUGGAUCUGAGAAACUUCCUUUGCUAGUUAUUGGAAAAAAUAAAAAUCCGCACUGCUUUAAAGAUGUAAAGUCACUAGCUGUGAAUUAUGCGGGAAACAAUAUGGCAUGGAUGACCUCAGAAGUGUUUGAUCAAUGGAUGCAUAAACUUGAUGAGAAGUUUCAAGCACAGCAGCGGCAAGUAGUAAUUUUUAUUGAUUCUUCUCUAGCUCACCCAGUGGUAAAGAAUCUCAAGUCUAUUGAACUGGUAUUCUUUCCUCCAUCCUCAUCAUCCAAAUUUAUAGCUAUGAAACAAGGAGUUAUAAGGAGUCUGAAAGUCAAAUACAGACAUCGUCUUCUCAAGAGAUUUGUAGACUGUAUAGAAGGUAGUAAAGCGUUUACGUUAACUCUGCUUGAUGCAGCUGAUAUGUUGCACCUAAGCUGGAGGAAUGUAACUCCAGAGACUAUAAUUAAAAGUUACAACAAAGCAGGAUUCAUAUCACAGACAGGAGAAAAUGGUGACUCAGACAUAGAGAUUGAAAGUGGUUUAGACAUGAUUGCAUAUGCAUUGGCUGCCAGGGUAGAGUUUCCAGGAGGUUUAUCUUUGGAGGAAUAUGCAGUUUUGGAAGAUGACUUGGUAAUAUGUGAAAUCCCCACAAAUAAUGACAAGAUAUGGACCAGAGAAAGCACUUCAAUUAAAACUGAUGUAUUUGUUUAUGAUGAAGAAGAAGGUGAAGGUGAUGGAUCUCCAGGAACUGAACAGCCAUUGCCAUCAAAAAAUGAGGCUCUGACUGCUUUAGAUACUCUUCGAAGGUUUCUCAGGAGUCAAGACAUGAAUGAUUCUCUUCAUGAUUCCCUAGCAGAUCUAGAUAAUUUUAUCCAGAAUGUAGCAUCUAAAUGAGGUUUUAGCGAAGUGGUAUGAAAGCAUUUAAAUGGAAGGUACAAGUAAAGUAAAAAUGGGUUGUAGAUCAGAGUUCAGAAUGGAGGGCCAUUUAACUCCCAUUUCAACCCUGUGAUACCUGAAACUUGGAUUUGAUGUAAACCCUUCUAUACUACUUUUAUAUUUGUCUGUGGUAAACACAACAAAUUAGAGUAUCUGCAUAUGAAAUCUCACAAAACUCUAGUAAAUACUGUACUUAAUAACAGUAUCUGUUUAAACCCAAUAAAGUAUUUAAACUUGUUUUUCUGAAAUGCGUAUCAAUACUAGGAUUAUAUGCACCAGUGCAAACUCACAUUGUACAUGUGGUUUGAAUCGGUGCACCGUACAAUGUGGUAAGUUCCAUUGCACUCAUGUAUGCUGUGCCUUGAGUAGAGGUUUGCAUGAAGGUAACUGCUAAAAUGGCCAAAAUGCCAAUAUAGGUGAGGUCUUGUAUUGGUAAAACUUAUAAAAUAAAAAUGUUCGUUUUAAGCAUAUUGUACAUAUACUUUGAUAAAGAAAUAUUAGCUUUUUUAAAAUCAAAGUUUUUCUGAUUUUUGAGAACACUUUGAUAAGAGCAUUUUAGUACACCUCAGUUAAAUAGAAUCUAUUGUUAGAGGUAGUGGAAACCUUACUCCAUGCUUUUUUUGUUUUUUAAUUCUUGGCUAUUUAAAUGUUCAGUUUGGAAUUUAAUAGUUUAAAAUAAAAAUAUUUUCCAUUUACAGGUUGCUGUAUCCUAUUGUAAAUUCCGUAUUUUCUGGAAGGAUGUAUCAAAAUUGUAUCUUAUGAAAAGGAAUAUCAUAGUUUAUAUGACAAAAUUUCUGUGGCUAAAUUGCAUGACUCUUUAAUGAGAAUUAACUCUGUGUCUGCACAAUAUUCUACUUUCUGAUUUCUUGUUAUAAAAUGGGUAAUAUGAGUUCUACCAAAAAAAAAAGGGGGGCUCCCUUUCUGAAUGCCAAAUACAGUCAACAUCUUAUCCAGAGAUUUAUAGAUUAUGUAGAGAAUGACUCCCACUCUAUCACCCUCUUAGAAAAUGCUGUGGGAAAAAAAUAUUUUUUUGUGGCUUGUAAAUGGGGAGGCUAGGUUCUGUCACUUACUAUGUGGUUAGAUCAACUUACAGAAAACAUUAUUCAAGCUAAGUUAAUUUAAAACUACAGAAAAUGAAAUGUUAAAUAUAAUAUCUGUAAGUAACUUUAAUAUAAUUUGAACUUCUCAAAUACUUUGAUAUAUAUUUACUUUAGCAGGACUCCAAAGGUUCUGUGGAAUAGCUGGAAUUUUGGAAACAUUUAGAAGCUCAGGAGAAACUGAAAUAAGCAGCUCAGUGAACAACUAAACAGGAUAAUGGGAUGUGGAUGGAAUGCGAUUAUUUCAUAUUAAAUGGAAAGGGACAGGUGUAAUAGCAAGGUCAGCAUACCCAGGUAUGACCACAGGGAAGCAUCAAUCACAGUGGACAAUUAUACUCACCAAUGACCACAAGGGUGUAGCAAUCUCCUCAGUGAGCAGCUGCUAGCCAGCAGCAUGGCCCCCAGUUCCUCAGCCAGCCCCGGGGAACAACUGCCGGCCACCACACAGUCCCCAAGUUGCCCCAAAGAGAAGCCAGCAUGCAGAGUGUUUCUCCUGCCCCAGACUGGCCCGAGACCCAGGCAACACUGGGUCUGCCACAGUCAGUACUACAUCCUCACUGGUAGGUCAGGAGAAAUCUUAAAACAUAAUUUCAAUAACUUGCAAGCAAGGCCAGAAAAAUAAAAAGUUAAGGUUUAUGAGGAUACUCAUCACCUUAGAGGAGGCUAUCAAUCUGGACUCUAGUGCUUAUGGGAAAUUACUUUGAGAAAUUUACUGUGCAUUCAGAGAUGAACAAGACGGGGCAGCAGCUUGUUUGAGAAAUGUAGUCAUAUGUUCCCAUAUGCCAGAGAGAUGCAAUAUUUUGACAAGUAGGCCCCUGAUACAAAUGUUAACAACUGUAAAGACAAAAACUGAUCUCUAUGGAAACACACUUACUCAUGGAGAGAUGUAGCAGAUGGUCUCAAUUUUAGCAGUCUGGAUACAGUCAUAGAAUCUCAGAGCAAAUGGGAAACGUAGGCUCGUCUCUUUAUGUAUGGUGAAAUCCUGACUUCAACAAUUGUGACUUGGGGAAUGGAGAAGGGACAGUGGAGCCUCAUAUAGGAGAAGGAGGUGAAUAGCAAAACCCUCAUGAUUGUGAGAGGGAGGUAGUGAGAGCCUCCUAUUGUUGGGGAAGGAGAAGGAGCUGAAGAAACUGAUACUCAGUUACUACCUCCUUUGCUUCAGAAGUAUCCUGAAAAAUCAUAGAAUCUUACAAUACUAGAACACGAAGGGACCUCGAGAAGCAUCACGUCCAGUCCCCUGCCGUCACGUCAGGACCAACCAGCAUGUAGGCCCAAGCUGAAUUACAUCACUUCCUAAAAGCAAUCGAAUACAGUACAUCUUCUUAAGAAAUUUAAACUCAUAUACAUCGGCAGGAAACAGGAAAUGUACAUGUUCCUGUAAAACAGGGAGAAACUAAAAUUGAGCAUCAUGCCUAAUAACAAAGAAUGUGACACAAAGAAACAAAACUUCAUGUUGUUUUUUUUCUUGUUUUUCGCUACAGGAUCUGCCAGUUAUGGCCUUAACACAGAAUCUUCGGGAGAUUAUCUAUCAACUACAGAAACAACAACGAGACUAGUGACAUCUACAGAAUAUUUAGCAGAAGCAGGUGACAAUGAUGUGAAACCUGUCAGCACACCAACAGAGGCUGAGAUUAAUUCUGAAACAGAAAAUAAUACAAGUAUUGAGUUAAAUUAUAUGACUAAUGACACCACCACUGAACUGGCAGGGGCACAGCCUGCCUUAAUGUUUUGCA